CCGGCGGCCUGAAACUGGUCCGGCCUCACUGCCGGGCCGGAGGGAUACCGCUCCACAGAUGGAGUUGAAUGUGCGGUGCUUGAACUGUGGGUGUGAACUAGGACGGGUUUGUGUGAUAAGGCAGUGCCAUCAGCCUCAAAAAGGUGAUGGUAAGGUAUUGAGAGUGAAUGAUGUUGAUCUGAGGAACAGAUGGGAUAAUACUCACAGUUCAGGAGAAUACAAUCACGAUAAUGAGGAUGAUGAUGAUGAUGAUAUUAAUGAUGAGGAGAAUGAUGAUGCUGACGGUAAUAGUGAUAUGACUCUUUGGAAUCAGAAGACCGGGGAUGGUCAUAAGGAUGGUGCUAAUGAAUCAUUGGAAUCAUCUCAGAACGGUGAUGAUGAUGAUGAUGAUGAUGAUGAUGAUGACGACGAUGAUGAUGAUGAUGAAGAGAACAAUGGCCAUAUGAAUUGUUGGAAUCAGAAGACCGGGGAUGAAGAGAGGGAUCUGGGCGGUACAGUCUACUGGGAUAAGAAGAGGCGCGAAAACAGGAGAAUGGAUUUCAAAGAUUCCAACGACAUGAACGACGGUGAGCAGGAGGGCGAGGACGUCAAUGUUGAAAAAGCUCGGGUGGAUGGGUCUGGUUUGGCAGAAGUCUUGUCUUGGAAACGGCGGCUGGGAAAUUUGGUGGGUUGUCCAACUGAUCAUAACAUGGGCGAUUCUCUUUUCUGUUGUCCGAGUGUGUACAGAGGAAGUCUGGAUACACUUUUUCUGUCAAAUGCUGGUUUUGAGCACGUGAGUGAUGAGGUGGAUGUUGUACGGCAGUGUGGUGCUAUGUAUAAGCAGGAAGGGUUUGGCUGUUUAGGAAAGCGGAACGAUAAUGGGGAAUUGGGGAGGGCGUAUUCUAUACCUAAGCAUAAAGAUAUCACAAGGUGGCGACCUAUCUGUCCUACCUUUUCAGAAGGAGGCGUGACUGCGAGUAAGAAGGUGGCGCGUGCUGUGAACCAGCUGUUGUGGGAUUUGCCACGGGGAACUAAUUUUAAUUUAAAAAGUAUGAUCGACCUGGCACCCACCCUGGGGCGAAUGAAUGAGACUCUUGGUAGGGAUGAAUUCUUUGUGAAUGCGGCUCUCGACAUCAAGGAAAUGUUCUGUAACCUCCCCCACAAGUCUAUUAUGGAGGCGGUAAGAUGGGUUAUCGACUUUUGGGUAAUUAGGGGGUGCAAGGGCGUUUUGGUCAAAGCUCGAGGUAAGGGGGCCAAGCUGAGGUUUGGGAAGACCGAGGUAGGAUGGAGCUCGAUAUCGUUGAAAGUCAUUGUGGACUUUGUUUCUUUUGAGCUUGGCUCCACAUAUUUCCGGGUAUGUGGACGGGUGUUGCAGCAAAAAGUUGGAAUUCCGAUGGGUAAGGCAUCUAGCCCGGCGUUGGCCUGCCUCCUGUGUGCUUUUAACGAAUUCAUGUUCUUGACAUCAUUGGGAUGUGACCAGGGGUUGGUAAAUGGUGUGCGUAUGGUUGACGAUGUUUCUCUUAUGAUCCGCUGUAAGAAAGGGGAUACGACUUCCAUCUUGACUGCUGAGCGAAUUAUGGACAGGUUCAGGUCUUGCUACGAUGACAACCUUAUUUUGGAACAAACGAACGAUGGCGAUUGUUGGGAUUUUCUGGGCUGUGUUCUUAAAUCUCUUGGUUGGCCAUGGGGGUUACAAUGUGUGGCCCUGCAUAAGAAUCAACGGAGUUACAAAGAGGAGGUGUUGAGGUUUCAGAACCUGCAGGACUACGACUCGUAUUCCAGUAAGCAACAGAAACUGGCUGUGAUUGGGUCCUGCCUUCACAGGGCUCGGGCGUACACUACGAUGAGAGGAAUGGAGGUAGCCUUUCUGUUCACCUUGAAGAUUGAGCUCCGGAAACGGGGUUUCCCGGACAAUUAUUUUGACAGCAGCCUGAAGACGUUCUCAAGAAAGUUUGCGGGGGUGUGGGACCACUGGGUGGUUGUUUUGACGGGCCGGGGGAAACUUUUUGCUGGCUUGGCAAGGCCUGCUCGGGCAUGUAUAAAAGGGUGACUGGCCUCUGGGGGGCUUUUUUCGUUGCUACUUAAUCUUUCGAUUAGGAUUC